AUGUCGGUCCGCGAGCUCGUCGUUUUGGGGACCUCAAGUCAGGUCCCGACGCGUUACCGAAAUCACAACGGUUACCUCCUUCGCUGGGACGAAGAAGGGCUGCUGUUCGAUCCGGGUGAAGGAACACAACGGCAGAUGAUCUACGCCGAGGUUACCGCGACCUCGAUUACCAAGAUCCUCAUCACGCAUUUUCACGGCGACCACUGCCUCGGCUUCGCCGGGAUUUCGCAGCGACUGUCGCUCGACCGCGUGCCACAUCCCGUCGACAUUUAUUUUCCGGCCUCGGGGCACGUGUUCUACGACCGGCUUCGUCGUGCCUCGAUCUAUCACUCCGUCGCAACGUUGCGCGCGAACCCCAUCAAAACCGGAAGCACAAUCUUCGAGAACAAGAAGAUCACGCUCUCGGCACUGGAACUCGACCACGGCGUUGAUACUUACGGAUACCGACUACAGGAAAAGGACCGAGUGUCGAUGAUCCCCGAGCGGCUCAAGGAGCUCGGGCUGAUGGGUCCGAAGAUCGGGGUGUUGCAGCGCGAGGGGCAAAUCGAAGUCGACGGCAAAACGAUUCGCGCAGAAGACGUCAGCAUCCCGAAGCCGGGGCAGAGCGUCGCGUUCAUCAUGGACACGCGUCUGUGUGACAACGCGUUCGAACUCGCCAAGGGCGUCGAUCUGUUGAUCUGCGAAUCGACGUAUCUGUCGACGGAAAGUCGCGAGGCUCACGAUCAUGGCCACAUGACGGCCUCGCAAGCCGCGCAGAUUGCCAAGGAGGCCGGCGCGAAGAAGCUCGUGCUCACUCAUUUUUCGCAGCGCUAUCCUUCGGUGGAACCUUUCCUCGCCGAAGCGCGUCCUAUCUUCGAGAAUGUCGUCGCUGCAAAAGACGGAAAGCGCGUCUCGAUUCCUCGCGACAAGCGCUGA